CAUAAAGCAAUGAGAAGAACGUGCAUUGGAGCUGGAGACGGCGUCGUCGAUGGAGAAGAUGAUGAUUCAUUGAUCCAUUGCUCCCAUUUCUCUCUCCCCACACUUCAAUCAGUACAUUCAACAAUGCGUGUGGAUUCUAAGCGAAGAAUGUUAAAUGCUUUUGGAGAUGCAGGAGGGGCUAGAAGUGAGAGCCCUAGGAAGAGAUUCAUUUCUGAAAGGGUUCAUUGCUACGAAAUCUCAAGUGGUCAAAUUAACCCAAGACCACUACGUUCGAUUCCUCCUGAAGUAAACCCUGUGGAUAUGAGCGCUGACAGGAAUAUUGAAGCUGCAAGUUAUUUCUCAAAGGAAUCCAAAGUUCCAAUGGGAUGGCAUUCAUUUUCAAGUAUUGAUGGGAAAUCAUCAAGCAUUUCAAAUAAUAAUGAGAAUGGAAUUCUUGCUCUGGUUCCAAUAGAACACAAUUCAGGUGGACAAAGGUUUGAUUCUGAUGAAUCUCCUUCUGAAGUAAACACCCCUGCUAAAGACACCAAAACUCGAGCUGCAUUACGUGAUAAGCUACGUAGAGCCAAGAUUAGUGAAGCUAUUAAAGCAUUCGAAAACAGCAUGCCAUUUUCUGAGAAGCGAUGUCAAGAAUCUGUGCUCGAUGAUGUCAUCGAUUAUAUCAAGUUUCUGAAACUUCAACUGAAGGUAUUGAGUCAAAGCCGACUGGGAGGUGAAGCUGAAACUUUUCCUUUUGUUCAGCUUGAGGGCUAUGGACACUAUUUGCUGCAUCCGCAGAUGUCUAGUGAACCUCUUGAGGAAGUGAUGGGGCAAAUGCUGGAGACGGACAUGCAAGCCGCUAACGAGCUGUUGGAAAGCAAAGGGCUCACUAUCUUGCCAUGUGAUUUGGCCUAUGCCCUUCUUUAGAUCAUGUUAAAGCAAAGUAUACUCUUUUAUUCUCUACUAUCUAUUUCAUCACACAUAUAAUUCCAACCUGCUGCUUGUGAAGCAGAUUUAUUUUUGCUCUGAAUUUUCUUUGUGUUUUUUUACUGACAUGACAGUUCAUGAAACAAUCAUGUUUCCAUGUGGUUGUUUUGUGGGAGAAAUUAGCUUUUGUUUGAUGCACUUUGUCCUGUAAAGAGAACAGUUUGGUGCUGGUUAUUUUGAAAU